GCUCUCAAGCCCGCCGCCUAUGGUCGAAAUUCCUGUCAAUCAAAAAUCGUAGGCUAGCAAGGAAGUGUGACGAUGUAAACUAAAAGCGGACCUUCUCGGAUCCUUACGAUACUAAACAGACUACAGAUGACCUCUUGACCCCGUUGGCAGGAAGCUAGUCAGACCAUGGCUGCUGGUGCUGCAGUCGGGGAGGGUCAGAUCCAACGGAUUAUCAGAGAUCUGCAUGAUGCUGUAUCAGAACUGACAAAGGAGUGUAAGGAGAACGGCGAGCCCAUUACAGAUGACAGCUCCAAUCUGCACAAGUUCUCCUACAAACUGGAGUACCUGCUUCAGUUUGACCAGAAAGAGAAAACAACAUUUCUGGGAUCCAGAAAAGACUACUGGGAUUAUUUCAGCGACUGCCUGGCCAAAAUCAAAGGAGCAAAUGAUGGAAUCCGCUUUGUUAAAUCAAUCCCAGAGCUGAAGACAUCUCUUGGUAAAGGCAGAGCAUUUAUCCGUUACUCGCUCGUGCAUCAGCGGCUGGCUGACACACUCCAGCAGUGCCUCAUGAACCACAGGGUCACCAGUGACUGGUAUAAUUCCCGGAGUCCAUUACUCAAACCUCAUCUCAGUGUGGACAUCAUUAAUUACCUCUAUGAGCUGAAUGAUGUUCAAUUUGAUGUGGCAUCCAGGGGUCAUGACCUUGACUCAGAAUGGCCCACUUUUGCAAGGAGGACACUGGGAAUGACUAGCUCCCCCAGUCACACUUGGAAACCACCGAGUCGUAGUUCCAGCCUCAACAGUCUAGCCAGCACAUACUCACAGCAGGCCCAUGAGUUCCCUGGGAGUCCAGACUUUGGACCUGGGCUUCUAUCAGAUGUGUCUGUCCAAAACUCCAGUGGACUAAAUGAUUCUUCCAUCAGUGCUAUAGAUGAGCUCCGUCUGGAGCUAGACCAAUCUGAAUUAAAGCAAAGACAUCUCCUCGACCAAGUUCAGCAGUUAGGCAGCGAAGCGGGUGAACUCCGCAGAGUUGUGGUAGAACUCCAAAGGCAGCUGGACGUCUCUCUAGCUGCCCAAGGUAACCAUCAGGAGCUCCAGCGGAACCUGGAGGUGCUAGCUGCGAGCGAACAAGCACUAUCCCAUGACCUGGAGGUCUUGAAGGGACACGAGACUGUCAGGGAGGCCUCCUAUAUGGACCUCCAAGACAUGUUGGCAGCCACAGAGCGUAAAAAUGAGGAAUUGAUGGCAAAGCUAGAUGGAGUAUUGGAUGAGAAAGGCCAGAGGGUGGCCAGUGACUUCAACUCUGCCCAAAAGAUUCACAAGCUGUUAAAUGAAUUGAAAGAGGCUGAGAAGGGAAGGAUAGAUGCUCUGGCAGAAGGAGAAGAGAGUAGGAGGCAGGCAGAACAGCUGGCUGAGAAAGUUAGAAUGAAGGAUGAAGCACUCAAAGAGGCUGAGGUAAAAAUGGCAGCUUGGAUGAUAAAGGGUGAACAACUGCAAACCAUGGCAAAAGAGCACCGUAACGUCAUGGACAAACUUCAAGGGGCAAUUGCAGUGCGAGAGGAGGAGACCAUCAAUUUGGAGAAGCAGCUGCAAGAUCUCCAGCACUCUCUGGAAACUAUGGAAAAGCAGGCCAAAGUGGAGCGGAAGGAAAUGCAAGAGGAUAAAGAAGAGCUUGAGAAGAAGAUGAGUGGUCUGGAAGAGCAGUUGCUAACAUUGCGGACACAGCUGAAAGCUAAGGAGUCCAAUCUUCUCUCCAGUACCAAGAGAGUCCAGCUUCUGGAGAAGGAAUCAGAGAAGCUUAAAAGCGACAAACAGAGUCUGAGAGAAACCAUGUCUGAACUAGAGAACAAUACCAAAGAACAGGCCAAGAAGAUUGGAGAAUACAACGAUAGCUGUGCCAAGCUAAUGGAGGAAAACAGUAAGCUCAUCCAGAUGGUGAACAAGAAUGAAGAAACCAAGAAGGAGUUGCUUGAAAACAAAUCUUCCCUGGAGAGUGAGCUGGCUAGAUUGAAGGCCUCGGAGAAGCAGUUGCGAGCACAAAUUGAUGAUGCCAAAGUGACUGUGGAUGAACGAGAGCAGCGGCUCAGAGAGGAGAACAGAAGUCUGGAUGAAAGUCUGCAUAAGGCCAACAUGCAGUUAAAGGAAUCCGAAAGUUCAGUUUGCCAACUAAAACUGGAGAACAAGGACCUCAUGGAGGUUCAGGUCACUCUUAAAGCAUCUCUUGCAGCCAUGCAGGAGGAGAUACGCAACAUCAACAGCCAAAUUGCUGAAUUUGAGAAGAGUCUUGGAGCUGCGAGAUGCAAUGAGGCAAGCCUGACGGCACAGCUUAAAGAAAAGGAUUCCAAACUGGAGGAUCGGGACAAGCUCUGUGAGGAGCUACAGGAAAGGGUGGAAGAACUUGAAGGUAGGGAGAGGGAUUUGGAAGUGGAGAAAAUGAAGGCAGAAAGAGCCUUUGUCAAACAAACAGAGAUGAUUAAGACUCUAGAGGUCCAGAGGAAGGCUGCAGAGAAUGUCCAACUUGAGCAGAGUGCAUGCCAGGCUAAAGAAACCCAAGAGAUGGCCUCAAAAGUGACUCUCCUGGAAGAUCAGUUGGGACUGAAUGUGAAAGAGGUUUCUAGGCUUCAAGAGGAGGUGCUCAAUCUCAGGGCUAGACUCCACAGUGCAGUGGAGGAAAAGGACAAGACCCAAGCGAAGCUGGAUGUCACUGAGGCUUCCUGUGCAGAACUACGAACCUUGACUGAGCAGUUGAAAAAGCAGGCAGAGGAGCAGAAUCGACUGCAUGUGAAAGAGCUACUGCAGUCUAGCGAACAGGUAGAUGCAAUAACUUUGCAACUGAAUCAGGAGACAUCCACAUGCAAGAAAACAACUGCCGAACUCACUUCAGCCCAAGAGGAGCUGGCAGACCUCAAGGCCCAGAAUGAAAGGUUGGUUCUGGAGAAUGCCGAGACCAGAGAGGGUCUCCAUCGGGUCAACACAGAAAUGGCAGAGUUGGGAAUGACAAUUUGCAAGCUCACUGCAGAGCGGGAAGAAGCCCGGGAACAAUGGGCUGCCGAAGCUGCUCGGAUCCAAGAACUUCAACAGCAGGGAGUGAAGAAAACAGAGAGACUUAAUGCCAGCUUGGCGGCUGUUCACCAAGAAAACUCUAGUCUGCGAGAAGAGCUCCAGCAGACAGAGAAACUUUCAGAAACUCUACUGGAGCUAAAGGAGCUGCUGGACAAAACUGAGGGUGAACGGGACGCUGCUCGAGAAGAGAUCACCGCAGUGAAAUUUCAGAUGAGCAUGGAGAACAUGACUCUCAAAAACCAGAUAAAGAGCCUUAAUGAAGAAAUAGAGUGCUUGAAAACUCAGUUAGACGUGGAGUUGAAGAAGACAUCUGAGCUGGAGGCCAAAUUAUCAGAGUUAGAGGCAGUAAAUAUUGAAUACUCUCGUCUGAUUGCGCAAAAAGACUCUCACAUCACUGACUGUGAGACUCAGAUGCGUGAGGCAGAGUGUGAGACGCAGCAACUGCAGGAAAGUGUAUCAAGUACCAAAGAGGCUCUUAGUGAAGUACAGAAAGAGAGGAAGGAACUAAAGCAGAAAUUGGAUCAGGUGUUGACAGAGGCUCAGAAUCAGCAACUUCAGAUGUCUGCUGAGCUGGAGGAUCUGGGCCAAACCAAAGUGAAUCUGGAGGAACGGCUCAUCGAACUUAUUAGGGAUAAGGAUGCUCUGUGGCAGAAAUCGGAUGCUCUGGAGUUCGAGCAGAAGCUGAGAGCGGAGGAGCAGUGGUGGCUGGUAGAUAAAGAGGCCACACAUUGUCUGGGCUGCCAGGGCCAGUUCACGUGGUGGCUGCGGCGCCAUCACUGCAGGCUGUGUGGCCGUAUCUUCUGUUACUACUGCAGCAAUAAUUAUGUGAUGACAAAAACCUCAAAGAAGGAGCGCUGCUGUCGAGAGUGCUACACACAGCACAAUGCUGUGGUGGAAAGAUUUACAAAGGCUGAACUCAACAGCUUGUCAGAGAAUCAACCACCGCCUCAUGCAAACGCUGCCGGUCAACCACCACCCCCUUAUAUACCUACACCAAGAGUUACAGUUACAGAUCCUGGUGAGAAACGGGAUGAUGGAUCAUUUGACAUCAUAACGGAUGAGGAAGUGAACGAGAUCUAUGACAGCGACUCGCGCACCACCACUGGGUCACAGGAGGAAGAAGGAGAUGGAGGGCAACCCGGAGACCUUGGCAUAUCGAGUGACGUGACCCCUGAUGAACAGGAAGAGACGGUCCCUGCUGUACAGGAUGCAGAAAUCACCCUCCUUAAGUCAGGAGAGCUCACUGCCUCUAUGCCUCUGGAUAUAAAUGAGAUUCCUCAUUUUGGCGAUGGUUCCCGUGAGCUGUUUGUCAAGUCCAGUUGCUAUAGCGCCAUUCCCAUCACUGUGGGUGACUGCGGGCCCAUCAUCAGCUGGGUUUUCUCUUCCGAGCCCAAGAGCAUCUCCUUCACUGUGGUGUACAGAGAGACACUUGACACACCUGUUGAGCAGGCCAAGGUUCUGAUUCCUCUCACACGCUGUAACUCACACAAAGAGACCAUACAGGGCCAACUGAAAGUCCGCAAUCCUGGAGUCUAUGCACUCAUCUUUGAUAACUCGUUUUCCAGAUUUCUCUCCAAGAAGGUCAACUACCACCUGACCAUUGAGAAGCCCAUCAUCUAUAAUGGAAGUGACUUCCCUUAAAUGUGGCUUUGUGGUGUGUAGCAUCCUCGUGGGAACUUGAUGUGUUUUAUUUUUAUCCUUAUUUAUCUCAGACCUGUUCCUGUGUGCCAGGGGUUUCCGUUUUAGAAUUUUAUGGGUUAGUAUACCAUUAGAUGUUUUAUUGCUGAUAGCGUUAAGGUUAUCUGUGGUGACCUGAGUUAAGUGUUAUGAAGGGCUUUCUACAGCACUUUCUAUGGUACUUAUUGGAAGAGGAUUAUUUGCUUGUGAUGAAUCUUUUUUGCUGGGUUUUAUUUUCCUUGUGAAUUCUGUAUUUUAAAAGGAUUUUACAAACACUACAGGUGAAUUUAAAGCACCAGUGAUACAGGACAGUUGAAGCUCACAUGGGUAAAUAUGCAAAAAAAAAUCGCAAAAUGAAGCUUUAAAAAAUAAUUUACCCAAAAUUGAAAAACAAAAUGCUGAAAAUGUACUCACCUUCAGGCCAUCCAAGACAUGGAUACAUUUGUUUCUUCUGCAGAAGAGAUUUGGAGAAAUUUAGCAUCAAUUGCUAACCAGUGGCUCCUUUACAGUGAAAACAUCACGAUAAUCCACAAGACACCAGUUCAUCAGUUAACUUCUUGUGAAAUAAAAAGCUGCAUGUUUGAAAUAAACAAAUCCAUCAAGAAAUUUUUUAACUUUAAACUGCUCCUGCUUAAAAUAUGAGUCCUCUUUCAAUAAUUAUUUUUCCAGUGAAAAAGGUCGUCUUGUCUGUAUCAGUAGAGAAACAUGCACAGAUCAAGCACCAUUUUCAAGUAAAACUAGUCCAAAAGAGUUCUAAUCAAAUAUGUGGGUGGAUUUUGAUGUGAGAGGACAACAAGAGAUGGACUUUUUCACUGCAGGAGCUUUCUAUGGAUUAUGGACUCAACAAUCUCUUAAUGAUGGAUUUGUUUCUUUCAAACAUGCAG